AUGGCCUUUCCUCCAGCUUCCGCUGGGCCCAAUGCAGUUAGAGCCUAUCUCUCUGAUAUCCUCGUCGCUAAGCAUGACGCGACCGCAGACUUCGCCAACGAAGUAGCUAGUCGCUGGCAAUUAGGUCGACCAAAUGACCUGCGCCAUGCAUCUACCGGGACCUUCGAACGGGUUUUUGGAAAAGACGUUGGGAACUUUCUAUACCGAAGCGUCCAAGAGGAUAUCCGGGAGCAGCGGUACAGCUCUACCGCCGGGGUAUUUAAUUCCUGGGUGUUGGUCUGCUCCGUAGUGGUCUCUGUGUUCUUUCUCAUUCGGGCAACACGCGCAAGUGCAUCUUCCGCGAGUGCUGCGGCCUUGCGCUACGCCGGGCUAGCCUUUGGGCCGCCGAUGGUCUUCUGUGGAGUGCAGGACCAUUACAGUCAGUGGCAGUUUGCUCGCCUUUUUCUCGGUGGAAUUGUAUGCUUCUUGACUUUUCUCGCGUUUCUGGUUGCUUCCACAGACCCGUAUAUGGAGAAGCAGAAGAUAGAAACAGGAGGCAGAAGGCAGGGCAAAGUGGAACGGAAAGAGUAG